UUGUCACACACACUCAACUCACACUCCAUUCUCUCUCGUUCUCUCUCUCUCAUACCACAAACCAUUACUCUAACUAAAAACCAGGACCAACCUUCUUUUCACCAUACAACUUUACAACAACUUCAACUACAAGAACAUAACUCCACCCUCAAUUCUUUUGCUCACUUCGAUCCCCUUUUUUUCUCCUUUGUUUUAUUGUCUCUAUGUUUUUCUCUCUCUUCCUUCUCUUCAUUCUUCAUGGCCAGUGCUGAUGAUCAACACACGAAUUUCAAGCAUUUUUGUCGAAUAUGUAAGAAGGGUUUCAUGUGUGGAAGAGCAUUAGGCGGCCAUAUGAGAGCUCAUGGUAUUGGGGACGAUACGGGGAAUCUUGACGAUGACGAUCCACCCAGCGAUUGGGAAGAUAAGCAAGGAAACAAGAGAAUGUAUGCAUUAAGAACAAACCCAAAUCGUUUAAAAAGUUGUCGGGUUUGUGAAAAUUGUGGAAAAGAAUUCUUGUCAUGGAAAUCGUUUCUUGAGCAUCGGAAAUGCAGCUCCGAUGAUGGUGAGUCUCUAGUAUCGUCUCCGGAGUCAGAGGCUGACGAUGACGAUGGUUAUGAUGAUCAUCACGGUGGCCGGAAAGAUUGUGGUGGUGGAGCAAGUGGGUGGUCGAAAAGAAAAAGAUCUUUAAGGGCUAAAGUUGGCAGCUUUAAUUCAAUGUGUCCAUCUAGCGAAGAUGAAGACCUAGCCCUAGCGAAAUGCCUGAUGGAGUUAUCGAACGCUAGGGUCGAUCCGGUGGAAACCGACGCGGAAGACUCAUGCGCCUCCCCGACUAGGGAGGAGCAACGGCGGAACCCUAUGUUUACUACGGCCGCGUUUCUGUCACCUUUUACAAGACCACCACCACCUAUAGAUAAAGCAAAAGGUGUAGCCACCACCCCUAAAGGCAUGUUUGAAUGUAAAGCAUGUAAAAAAGUGUUUAAUUCUCAUCAAGCAUUGGGUGGUCACAGGGCAAGUCACAAGAAGGUAAAAGGAUGUUUCGCAGCAAGAAACGAUCAGUUUGAUGACACCAUUGUUGAUGAUGACGUCAUCACACACGACCAACUAUUUCCUUCACCAAAGCCAAUCUCGAGCUACCAAGUCAAUCAAGGUCCAAGCGCAGCGACUCCUGUCCCAGCACCGUUGGUCGGAGCCGCAAGAAGGAAAUCCAAAGUACACAAAUGCUCGAUUUGUAACCGGAUUUUUGCCUCCGGUCAGGCGCUAGGCGGACAUAAGAGGUGUCAUUGGCUUACAUCUAACAUGUCUGAUACGACUUCUUUAGCAAAGUUUAACUUCCAUGAACAUAUUGAGCAACUCCAUCGACGAGCAUUGGCGUUACCUUCACAAAUACUUAACAAAUCCAAAGCCCUCGACCUCAACCUCCCAGCUCCGGCAGAUGACAUUGCCGGAUUAAGGAGAGAUCGGCUGAGAUUAGAAGUUUCUACAGAGAUCAAUCUACAUUCAUGGAACGUAGAUCAUGAAAAUGUUACAGAUGGAGAUGGAAAAGAUCAAAACAGAACCGGUGAUCAACAAGAUGAUCAAAAAAACACAAGUAACCUUGAAAAAGAAGCAACAACGACAAUGGAGGAUGAUGAAGCCGAUAGUAAGGUGAAGUUGGCUAAACUGAGUGAGUUGAAAGACAUGAGUAACGUCAGUGGGAGUUCAUCUUCAUGGUUGCAGGUACUCAAGUUUCAAACGAGGAGCUCGGAGAGGUUGCAGUGCACACACCAUAGUCAGUUAGCCUGGGAUGUUUUACUCUGAUAAUAAGUUUAUGAUUUGAAUUAAUACUAUGAAACUAUGUUACGAAUUAUGAAACGGUUUUUAUAAAUAUGGUUUUAGUAAUGUUUUAAAAGAAAUUUUUAGUCAUGAAAAUUGGA